AUGACGGUCUUUCCAAUCCCCACCCAGCUUUUUAUCAACGGAGAGUAUACCGACUCGGCCUCGCCAGAGCGGUUUCCGAUCUAUAACCCGACGAAUGAUUCCUUGAUUACCGACAAGCUCCAGUUCGCAGUAGAAGAGGACGUGAACAAGGCAGUGAAGAGUGCCCAAAUUGCCUUCCGAAGUGCGGCAUGGACCAUCACAGCCAAAGAGCGCGGGCGUCUUCUUCAUCAGAUUGCGCAAGUGCUUCGCGAAAAUAAGGAUGAGCUCGCUUGGCUGGACCGCAUCGCUAUGGGGAAACCGGUGAAGGCGGGUCUUGGAGAAAUCCAAAUGGCGGCCGACUUGUUCGAGUACUAUGCCGGCUGGGCUGACAAGCAUGCCGGAGAAAGCUUCCCCGCGGAUGACGGGUUUCUCAAAAUUGUGCAGCAUGAGCCGCUGGGUGUUUGUGCAGGUAUUCUUCCAUGGAAUGGGCCUAUCGGCCUCAUUGCGUUUAAGUGCGGCCCGGCACUCGCAACUGGUAACGUUAUGAUCCUGAAACCUAGCGAGAAGACUCCAUUCUCCGCACUGCGUUUUGCAUCACUUGUCUCCAGCAUUCUUCCACCCGGAGUCCUUCAAGUUCUUACCGGUGCCGGGGCCACGGGUGACCUCCUAGCACGACAUCCCCACAUUCGAAAGAUUAGUUUUACUGGCUCCGGUCCCACGGGGAAGAAGAUCCAGCGCGCUGCGGCGGAAACCAAUCUCAAGCGUGUUACUCUUGAGUUGGGUGGCAAGUCCCCAGCGGGGAUUUUUGAGGACUGCAAUCUCGAGAAUGCCGUUCAGUGGGCCACGACUGCUAUCACCCAGAACAGUGGGCAGGUUUGCAUUGCUGCAAGCCGGCUAUAUGUCCAGGAGAGCAUAGCAGAGAAAUUCACGGAGGCUUUUGUGAAAAGCAUGAAAGCCGCUGCCGAGCGUGUUGGCGACCCUGACAAUGAGGAGACUGGACUCGGUCCAUUGGCAGACAAGGCCCAGCUGGCCCGAGUGGAGUCAUUCUUCGCUGACGGUGAGACUCAGAUUCUUGUGGGUGGGAAACGACGUGGGGAUACGGGAUGUUUCUUUGAGCCGACGGUGCUCUAUAACCCUGACUCCCAGGCCAAUGUGUAUAAGAAUGAGAUCUUCGGCCCCGUGACAUGCCUGCGCACCUUCAAAACUGAGGAAGAGUUCUUGGAGAUGGCCAAUGAUACUGAGUAUGGGUUGAUGGCCGCGGUCUUUACGAAGGACGUGUCGAGGGCGAUGCGGAUCAGUGCUUUGCUGGAGAGUGGCUCGGUGGGAAUCAAUUGUGUGUCAAUGAUCAAUCAACAGGUACCGUUUGGGGGAUAUAAGCAAUCGGGUAUUGGGCGUGAGCUGGGAAUUCAUGGAUUGGAAUCGUAUACCGAGACCAAGACGAUUUAUUUGAAUCUCAACUGUUAG